CCAGUAAAUUUCAGGGUGGUGGUGUCUUCUUGGCGGUAAAGAAUAUCUACGAUGUCUCUGAAGUUAGAAUGUUUGAUGAUGAACAGGAGGCACUAUGUAUCCAGAUUAAACUGAAAGAAAUCACCCUCAAAUAUGGACAACGAUCAAUCAGAACAGCCCAGAAAAUAUUAUAAGCUACGAUCUUCACUUAAAAGGCAAAGCCAAAACCCUGGUGGUAACUUGGAUGUUACUAAUGAAUGCCAAGAUGCCACAUUACAGCCACCGCCUAGACGAGUCAGUUUUGCUGCCAGUAGAAACGUCAAACCGUUUUUAGACGAUCCAGAUAACAACACAAUUUGGGAUCAUACAUACGAAGAGGCCAUAAUCAGCAAUACUGACUCAAACAAUGUGCCAUCAUUAGAUUCACAAGGCAAAGUCCAAGAGACUAUCAGUGAAAUGCAAAAGACAAUUUUUGAUACUGAUAUGGAGUUUACAUGUGUUAAUGAUCAAGACACUAUUGGUAAUGAUACUGCCAUGCAAAAGACAAUUUUUGAAACAGAUAUGGAAUUUACAUGUGUCAAUAUUCAAGACACUAUUUGUAAUAAAACCCAAAUGCAGAAGACAAUUUUUGAAACUGAUAUGGAGUUUACAUGUAUCAAUAAUGUUCAAGACACUAUUUGUAAUGAUGCUGAAAUGCAAAAGACAAUUUUCGAAACUGAUAUGGAGUUUACAUGUCUGUCUACAAAUUUCACUCAGAACGAGGAAAUAAAAGAAAAUAUUGUUGCAAAAGCAACACCAGCAAUAUUUGUUGAUUCAACUAAUAAUCUCAGUUUGGAACCCCAAAUCCCUGCAAUUACAAAUAAACGAACUCCAUUUGGUCAAAUUCAUAUUGCUGCUGAUAGUAUCAUGGAGGAAAGUAAAACAUUGGACAAACUUCCCUCUACCAGAAAAUCAUUACAAAAAGCAACUAGAUCUGAGAAUUUGGCUUUGGGAGAACCACAUAAGCAAUUCACUAGGGAAUCCAUAAAUCCUCCAGUAGAAAAUAAAACUACACAGGAAAAUGCGGCGCCUUUUAAAAAUCCUGAAAUUUUUGUUGAUUCUGCUAAUGAACUCCGCUUAGGAUCUAAAACUGUUGUAGUUGAGAAGGGCAAAGAUAAACGAACUCCAUUUGGUCAUGUUUCUAUUGUUGCUAAUAGUAAAGUGGAGCAAAGCCAAACAAAAGUAAAACAACCACGAAUUGAGUCAAUACAUGAAGCAGUAAAUAUUGAAUUGCCUAACAUAGAUGAAGAGCUAAGCAUUGUGGAUUUACACGAUAAGGAUUGUACAAAUAUCUUCACCCCUCCAAAAGUAAUUUACUCGGAGCCGAUGCGUAAUAAACGAUGCACUUCAUUUUUAGAUUUUACUACUGGGUUGUCUCUACUGAGUUCAGCUGGCAAAAAACAGUUUCCAAACAGUACCUUGGACGGUACUCAACAAUUAAUUGAGGCAACAUUUUCGAAACCCAAUAGAAACACAUCUGAAAUAGAAACUUUAGAUAUUUCAUUAGCAUUAGCUGAAUAUAGUUCAUUACCAUUAGUUGAAUAUAAGCCUGUCAAAUUUGAUUAUACUAGUGAAUUGGAAGAUAUUAAGGAGGGACAAGCUUUACAAGCCAAAAUCAGGCUACAGUUUGAACAAGAAUCGAGAAGUCCUAAGUUGCAAAAGUCUCUGUUAAUUGAAAAAGUGAAAAGGUUGUCCAUAUGCAACAAUAAUUGUAUCUCCCCAAAAGAUCAAAGUACAGAAGAUGGUGUGUUACUAGGGGAUUCAUUAUUCGACACCAGCGAAGAAUCGUCCAAAUCCUUACACGAAAAAAUAAUGGAUGUUUUUCAAAACAAUGAAAAACAAGUCAUAGAGUUACACAAAUUCGAAGAAAACUACUAUCUAUGUUCAGCAUUUUCGAAUUUAGUUUGGUGUUCUGUUAAGUUGCACGCUGCAGAUGGGACCGUGGAAAAAAUGAUAGUUUCAGAGGCAAUCGCAGUGGAUUGGACCAAGUCUGCUUGGCCAGCUUUGUACAAAUUGGUAGCGAGUUUUAUUAUAAAUAAACUGCAAAUGGACAAUUUGAAGUCGGCUCUUGGUUCAAAUUUUGACAUGUUAUCUCUCUUGGAUCACAUCAUUAUAGUAACUGAAAAGAGUUCGGAGUUUUUUGUGGAAUUUAUAGAAACAAGGCUUCAUAAUAUGAAAACCCUAGAUGUGUAUGAUGACGGUACAGUUUCCUUUAGGAUAGUCCUCACGGAUCCGCCAACAAUUUGGACAUUAUCCUUAAAAAUGGCUUCGGUGGAAAGUAUUCAGCAAGACUCAUUGGUAGCGACCAGCAGAUGGAAUAAUACCAUCAAUCAAGAGAAGAUAAAAACAAUCCUAAGGAACACAGAGCCUGGUAUCAAUUGCAUUAAGCGGUUCGCUGACGCUGUUAUACAGUAUUUUAUGCAGACUUUAAAUGUGCCUCAAGUAAGAUUUGCUAUCAUAUUUUCUAAACCAGAAAAAUUAACUGUUUUUUUUAAAUUAUUCCUAGGAUAUUAAGAUUAUUUGAAGUGCCAACUGGACUGAGAUAAUGCUGUGAUUGCUUACUAAUACACUAGGGUGGAUAUUCGGUCUGUUCUCACAGAAGUCGCAAACCAGUCGGAAUGUUUUUGAUUGGAGCAAAUCGCCAACAAAGAGUUUUCUAACUGUUUUCAACCAAUUCGCUCUGACUGUUUUGUGAUUUUAUCUGAAAACAUAUAGGUACCUAUUGUCUAUUUAUUUUUGUGUUCUCCUGUCUGAUUGAUAGCUAAGAUGUAAUAUUUUAUGUUUGAUAAGUGGCGCUUUUCACACUUUUGUAAAAAAUGUGGGAAACUCAAAGUUGAAUUAUACUUCUUUAUGUGAAGCUGAUGUGUGUAUUUCAUUGAAAAAAAAAGCCUAAAACUGUACCGCAGUGUGAAAAUUAUUUUAUUUUUUAUAUUUUGUAAUAAUUAUAGUUGGUACGUUAAUACUUAUGUUACUAGAGAAAUAAAUAUACUUAUUAAUUUUUAUUUAAAUAGAAAGACUAAAUAGAGACAUGCUCACUUCAUUC